AUGGAUGGUUUGCCCCUGGAUAUUCCCAGUGGGGGUGGUUGCCAGAACAGCCUUAAAGCCGUGGGUGGCACUCAGAGCCUGGCUCUGCUGGCCCUGGAGCCCGAGGCCCCCGCGGGGCCGAGCCUGCAGCCCUGCCAGCUCCUCACCCUCUCCCCCAUCAAGGUCCCGCUCCUGGCCUCGCCCUUCCCAGGUUCUGCCUCCAGGCUGGACACGGCCGUGGGCCCCUUGGUGCCAGCACAGGUCACCCGUGUCACCGCCGUGGCCGCGCCCGUCACCCUCAUGGCCACCAACCUGAUGGAGCCGGCUCGGGCAGGUGGGUGCUGCUCCACGUGCCCAUCCCAGGGCUGGAAGCUGUGUCCUGACACUCCUGCAGGGAUGGGCUCCCCAAGGACCCCCAGCUUUUCCUUUGCCUGGCCUGGGCCCGCUCAGGUGCUGCUCUCGUCACCUUGGAGCACCACGGGGCCGUGUGUGGUGUGGACUGGAGAUGACCGGGUGUUCUUCUUCAACCCCAGCCUGCAGCUGUCGGUGUGGGAGCGGCCGCUGGACCUGAGGCACCGCGGGGACAUCAAGAGGCUGCUCGAGGACCCCCCACACAAACGCAAGCUGGAGGCUGCAGCAACAGACAAGUGUGUUAGCUCUUGUCCAGGGGAUGAAAACGAUGAUCUGAGCAUCAAAACUAAGAGAAAUAAAACAGAGGAGUGCCAGGCUGCGGGGGCUGAGGAGGAGCAGGGAGGGGAGGAAGGCUCGGCCAGCCGGAUCUCACCGCCCCUGGAGGAGAGGAUCACCCACUUCAGGGACAUGCUGCUGGAGAGGGGGGUGUCGGCGUUCUCCACGUGGGAGAAGGAGCUGCACAAGAUGGUGUUUGACCCGCGCUACCUGCUGCUGAACCCCGAGGAGAGGAGGCAGAUUUUCGAGCAGUUUGUCAAGACCCGGGUCAGGGAGGAGUACAAAGAGAGGAAGAACAAGUUGCUGUUGGCCAAGGAAGAGUUCAAGAAGCUUCUGGAAGAAUCCAAGUUAUCCCCAAGGACGACCUUCAAGGAAUUCGCCGAGAAGUACGGCCGGGACCAGCGCUUCCGCCUCGUCCAGAAGAAGAAGGACCAGGAGCAUUUUUUCAAUCAGUUCAUUCUUAUUCUCAAGAAGAGGGACAAAGAAAACAGGAUAAGGCUACGGAAAAUGAGAUAAAAACAACGGAAAGUGGCAAUAAAGACACGCCCAGGCCGCGGCUGCGGGAGGGGAUUCCAGGGAAGGAUGGAAAACGCUCGGGGUCCAAGAGCAGCAGCAGGAGUGGGAGAUCCCGAGGGAAAAUCACCUCUGGACGGAGCCUGGGGAGCCUCCAGCGCAUUUGGGAAGGCUGCUCGGCAGGAACGGGAAGGAUGUUUUGUUCUCAAAGAAUUAAUGUUUCAUAUUGAAGCUCUCUUUUGUACAACAUCCCGAGUUUGAUGCAUUUCUAAUUGCCAUGAUAUGUCGAUCCCUUAAUUGUUUUAAUUAUGCAAAUUACUUGUAAUAUACACAAGUUAUGACUCCGAUGCAGAUUUAUAAUUAAGCAGAAGCAGAUGCCAUCCAGAGCAAUCUCAAGGCAUUUCCAUCAUUUAGGGGAAUUAUCUCCGGCAAUCUUUUGGCCACUCUGCAUUUCCACCAAGUGUGUGGGGUCUGGUGGUCUGCAGGAUCCGCUCCCGCUGCUCAUCCGUCUCUGUCCAGUCCUCUGAGUAGUAGUGAUCAGCUAUUAAUUGUUAACCUUGGUGAAGAGUGUGAGAAUCUUGGCACAUGUUCCAUGGGAGAGCUCUCCCACCCAGAACUUCCCGUGGGCGCCACGUCCCCCUCCGCCUUCCACCCCCAGUUCUGUGGUGAAGCCAUCCCCGUCGGAUUUGGGUUCUGUUCCUGUGUGUGAAGAGUCUGCAUGAGAUUUUUCUCAUCAUAUUUGUAUAAAUAAAUAUUUAACUUUUGUAAUUAAGAA